GGAAGGAAAUCUUGUUUUGAUCUCGAAUAUCGGUCCAACUUAUCUAGAGGAUUAAACUGGAACCUUCCACUUCUAUCUAACCCCCAAAAUCUGCAAUUUACGACGAGCAGGGUUCUCAAAUCUCCAUUAAAUCUCAAUCCCACUAUAUACAAACCCAGAGCUUCUCAGUUUGAAUAAAAAUGGAGGAACAGUUCAUACUGAGAGUGCCACCUUCUGUUGCUGAACGUAUAGAUCGUCUUUUAAAUGAGAGUGGCUCAGAGUCAAUUGAUUUAUCAUUCUCAGAAGAUGGAAGGAGUGGUGCAUUUAUUAUAGGUGAAGACCAUUUUCCUGCAUCUCUUUUAGACCUUCCUUGCAUUGUGGAGUCUUACAAGACUUAUGAUGACAAUGUUUUGAUCAAAACUGCAGAUGUUGGCCAAAUGAUUAUGGUGAGAGAUGAUGGUGAUCCUCCACCAGAGGUGGUGGAGCACCGCCAUGGUCUUACGCCGCCCAUGAGAGAUGCUCGAAGGCGGAGGUUUCGUAGGGAGCCGGAUUUGAAUCCUGAACUUGUUAGACGAGUAGAGAAGGAUCUGCUAAACAUCAUGAAUGGUGGAACGGCUGAAAAUUUCGAUAUGGAAAUGGGUGAGCAAGAGGAAAUUGGUAGGAAGAAAGCGGGACCCACACGUGUAGAAAAACCUGAUGUUUCGGAGGCGGGAACAAAUGUUGUUGAGCCUGAGAGAAGCGAAAGUGAUGAGUCUGAUGAUUCUAUGUAGAGAAAAUUACACCAUUGGUCCCUCUGGUUUGUUUGCCAGAACUAGCUGGUUGAGGACAACUAUGAAAACCAACCACGCAAGAAAUUGAAACCAGAGGGACAAACGUGUGGUUUUCAUAGUUGUCUUCAACCAACUAGAAAACUAGAGGACCAAUCGUGUAAUUUUGUCUUCUGUAUAACAUGUCUAUGUAGAAACAUGUAUAUAUGUGUGCGGUUUAUGUAUAAGCAAAUUUGAAAAAAAAAUAUUAACAUACAAUAAAGAUUGUACACUUUUAUCAAUAAAGUGACUUAGUUUGUUUUGGUUU